AUGACUGAACAACGUGAUACCCGGCAAGUCACCCUUGGACCAUAUGAAGGCAUACUCCCUACUCCCCAGGAGCCGAAUUCCGAAGGGGAGUUCCACCCAGGAGCGGGCGGAGACGAAGAGGAAGAGGAAGCUACUGGCGCAAAUGAACUCACGCUUCCACAACGUAAAGCGAUAGUGAAAGCAAUUAUAGACGCCCCGAAUGAGCCCUCUGCUAUUAGACGCGCAUGGGAGACAAGCCUUCCGCAAAGCUUGGAGAUCAACUACAAACAACUGAAAUUUAUUCUUCAUCCUGACAAGUUUCAAGAAACCCUGGAUAAGAAUCAGGCACAAGCAGCAUUUCAAAGAGUUCAAUGGGCCGAGGGCCAGGUUUCGCGACGCUUUCCAGGCGAGGUUGACAGAAGUCAAAACUUCUUCCAGGGAGGCCCAUCGGCGACAGAGCAUGUGGAAGACGCCCUUUCCGAUUAUCAUAAAAACUCCCACCAGGAAGCAACAAACUUGCUGAAAGAUCUCUAUAUUGGAAUUCAAAAUUAUCCGAAUUCCAACACUGCUGCACAAGACACCUAUGCUGCAACAGGCUGUCCGGGCGAUGUCAAAUUACCCGCCAUAGCUCUUGAUGAAAUUAACGAGUGGAUUAAAAAAGAAAAUGUCAGCAGAAACAAAGACCCGGAACUUGGAAUUAUCCGCUACCAACAGAUGCUUGGAUUAUGGAGGGCAUCAAUUGCACAGCCGGCAAUAAAGCAUUUGCAGACAGAAGCACUUAUUUCCUUUUGUCAACAGUUUGGUUAUCCAGAGGGAUGGGCCAAAAUUGGAAUGGCUUCAAGGCCCGCACAAGCACAAGCGCAGCCUACCCAAGCGGAGUCCACUCAAGCGCAGUCCGCCCAAGCGCAGUCCACCCAAAUAUUAAGUCAAGGACAGCCAACUAGUGUAAUUGGUUCUCAAUAUGCUGGGGGUCGAGCCCUAGGCGAUGCAAACCUCGCACAAACGUCCAGCCAAGGACAAGGAAUGGGUAUGGUUGGUCCUCAGCUGAAUCAUAGAUAUGCUGGGGGUCGCGUACGAACAAUUGCAUUGAUACCUCGACAGAUCACACGUUCAAUCAAUCCAGGUUAUACAUCAACAGGAGAGAGGAUUCUAAUGAUUCAGCUCCUCGGGCCAAUGUCCGGUGCAAGAUUUGUGGUUGAGGAUGCCAGCGGAAAGGUACGUCUGGUAUCAAGUGCAUCUGCUGGUGGAAAGCUGGUCCUUGAAGGCGCUACGGCAACCGGAGUUCCUUAUACCACUAGUAAAGAGCAGGAUAUACUCAAUAUACGGGAAGCAAUGAGGGCUCAAUUUGGAAUAACAUACGGGCUAAAAUGGGUAGCUGUUGGAGAGGUGGAUGUCAACCGCAGAAGGUCCCCAUAUGUCAUCGUCGGCUUUUAUUUCGGGCGUCUCGAUGAAACUUCACCCCAACAAGAGUUUGGCGUCUCACGUUCAGCCCUUAAGAGAAUUCUUACCCCAACGGAAGCGGACAGAUUGAUAUCGGAAGCAAUAACUUACGAUCCUAAUUUGGCUUUGCAAGAUGCCAUUUCAUCCAUGACUUGCCUGGCUUUAAGGUCUGGACCUGUUUCUGGAGGUGUUUUCGACAUGCCUCAACCACUGCUCUUGCAACAAUCAGCACCUCAAUAUCAACGUGACCCAUUAAGCGGACAGAGUUCACACCAACAGCAACAAUUAACACAACCAUCUUAUAUCCAGUCAAUGUCAUCACAGAUGCAACAGCCAGGUAGAAAUCAUCUGGCCGCACAUCAGCAAUCCAUGCCACCACAGUUGAUGCAACAGCCUGGUAUGAAUCAUCUGGCCGCGCAACAGCAGUCAAUGUCACCACAGUUGAUGCAACAGCCAGGUAUAAAUCAUCUGGCCGCGCAACAGCAGUCAAUGUCACCACAGUUGAUGCAACAGCCAGGUAUAAAUCAUCUGGCCGCGCAACAGCAGUCAAUGUCACCACAGUUGAUGCAACAGCCAGGUAUAAAUCAUCUGGCCGCACAUCAGCAAUCCAUGCCACCACAGUUGAUGCAACAGCCUGGUAUGAAUCAUCUGGCCGCGCAACAGCAGUCAAUGUCACCACAGUUGAUGCAAUAG